GGAGUUAGCCGGGCGCGUGUGGCUGGAAGGGUGUCGAUCGCUCGCGCUGUAUAAAGACACGCCCACUCUGCUGUGUGCAGUGCACACCGAGGCUUUUCGGCGGCUCGCUCGCGCACAGACUCAUGACAGGAUACUACGAGCUGAAGAGGGAUUUUUUUUGUGUCUUUUGUUUGUCGUUGGUGUUAAAUAUGGUUUAAAAGACGGCGACGGAAGAUGUGUGCGUUCGUGGAGCUGACCGUCGUUCCGACGUGACCGAGCAGAAUGCCGUUGUUGUGCGUUUGUUAGGCAAAACAUCCUUUCUGCUGAUACAAACACACAAACGGACGGCUUUGACAGCUUCCACAUCCACAACAGCCAACGGAAGCCAUGGCGACACAAAACGACUGCUGUGUGAAAGUCUCCUUGAGGAUUCGUCCUCAGAUGGCGAAGGAGAAGAUCGAGGGCUGCCACAUCUGCACCUCCGUAACCCCCGGAGAGCCCCAGGUGCUGCUGGGUAAAGACAAGGCCUUCACGUAUGACUUUGUGUUUGACAUGGAUGUCCAGCAGCAGACGAUCUACAGCGCCUGCGUCCACAAGCUUAUCGAGGGUUGUUUUGACGGAUAUAACGCGACAGUGUUCGCCUACGGGCAGACGGGUUCGGGGAAGACGUACACCAUGGGCACGGGCUUCGAUGUGACCGUGAGCGAGGACGAACAGGGGAUCAUCCCACGUGCCGUGCGUCAGCUCUUCCAGGGCAUUCAGAGACGACGAAAGGAAGCUCAGGACAGUGGCACACACCCGCCUGAGUUUAAAGUCAGCGCCCAGUUUCUCGAGCUGUAUAACGAGGAGAUCCUGGACCUGUUUGACAGCGUCCGCGACCCUGGCAGGAAGUCGAACAUAAAGAUCCACGAGGACUCCAGCGGAGGCAUCUACACUUCGGGAGUGACCUCACGCCUGGUCAGCUCCGAGGAAGAGCUCCUCCAGUGUCUGAAGCUCGGCGCUCUGUCCCGCACCACAGCCAGCACUCAGAUGAACGCCCAGAGCUCCCGUUCUCAUGCCAUCUUCACCAUCCACCUGUGCCAGAUGAGAGUGUGUCCUCAGACCCAGCUGGCGAACGGGUCUGUGAGUGCUGAAGUGAACGGUGUAGCUGACAACUCGAUGUCCCAGGCUGAGUACGAAACCCUCACGGCCAAGUUUCACUUUGUAGAUCUGGCGGGAUCCGAGCGGCUCAAACGCACAGGAGCUACGGGCGAGAGGGCACGAGAGGGCAUUUCCAUCAACUGCGGCCUGUUGGCUCUGGGUAAUGUGAUCAGUGCGCUUGGAGAUCAGAGUAAGAAGGCUGGGCAUGUGCCUUACAGAGACUCCAAACUCACUCGCUUACUCCAGGAUUCGCUUGGAGGGAACAGUCAGACUGUAAUGAUCGCCUGCGUCAGCCCCUCGGACCGGGACUUCAUGGAGACACUAAACACACUGAAGUAUGCUAACAGGGCACGCAACAUCAAAAACAAAGUGGUGGUGAACCAGGACAAGACCAGUCAGCAAAUCAGCGCACUGCGGGCCGAGAUCGCCCGUCUGCAGAUGGAGCUCAUGGAGUAUAAAGCGGGGAAGCGUGUGGCCGGGGAGGAUGGCUCAGAAGGCUUCAGUGACCUGUUCCAGGAGAACGCCAUGCUACAGAGGGAAAACGACAACCUGCGCAUGCGCGUGAAGGCCAUGCAGGAGACCAUCGACCAUCUCAACACCCGAGUCACUCAACUCCUGACCAAUGAGAUUAACCUGCUGCUCACCAAGACAGGGGAAACUAACGAGGAGAUUGGGAAUCUGAUCCAAAGCUACAUCAGAGAGAUUGAAGAACUCCGGUCUAAGUUGUUGGAGAGCGAGGCGAUGAACGAGUCUUUGAGACGCAGCGUGUCUCGUCUCUCCUCCCGCUCUCCUUAUCCUGCCUCUCAUGCGCCUCCACCUGGACACCCCCUGGGCUCCUCCCCAUCCGUUUCCAUGGAGGCCGAGAUGACGGACGUGCUUCGGCGAGCCAAGCUGGACAUCGAAAGGCUGAAGAAGAAAGAGAGGAAUCAGAGGCGCAAGAGUCCAGGAACGGAGAAGGGCUUGAAGAAGAGAGCAAAGCUCCAGGCUCAGGAGAACGGCCAGAGCUGUGAGAGCAGAGAGAAUGGAGACGGCAACUCGGAUAACGAGCCUGAAGAGGAGGGUAUGUACCCUCUGCCUGAAGAGGAGAGUGGCUGUGAUGAGGAUGAGGAAGAGGAGCUCAGGGAGGAGGACGAAUUCGACAGCGAUGAGAGCCUGGUGGACUCAGACUCUGACUCUGAUGAGAAAGCAAACUUCCAGGCCGACUUGGCAGACCUGACAUGUGAGAUCGAGAUCAAGCAGAAGCUAAUAGAUGAACUGGAAAACAGUCAGCGGCGGCUGCUAACACUAAAACUCCAAUAUGAAGAGAAGCUCAUCCUGCUGCAGAACAAGAUCCGUGAUACGCAGCUGGAGAGAGACCGCGUACUGCAGAACCUCAUGUGCAUGGAGAACUACACAGAGGAAAAGGCCAGCAGGAUCAAGGCGGAGUACGAGAAGCGUCUGAAGGAGAUGAACAGGGAUCUGAUGAAGCUGCAGGCGGCGCAAAAGGAGCACGCUCGCCUGCUGAAGAACCAGGGCCGCUACGAGAGAGAGCUUAAGAAGCUGCAGGCUGAAGUUGCUGAGAUGAAGAAAGCCAAGGUGGCAUUGAUGAAGCAGAUGAAAGAGGAGCAGCAGAGGAGGAGGAUGAUUGACGUCAAGAGGAACAGAGAGAUCGCCCAGCUCAAAAAGGAACAGCGACGGCAAGAGUAUCAGAUCCGUGCUCUUGAGUCGCAGAAGCGGCAGCAGGAGAUCGUCCUCAGGAGGAAGACUCAGGAGGUGACGGCUCUGCGUCGACUAGCUAAACCCAUGUCGGAGCGUGUGUCGGGCCGUGUCUCUCGUCGUCCACCCAGCCUGGACUCGGGAGCCGAGCUCUCAGCCAGCACCACCACCUCCACGACCACAUCAUCAGAACUCGAGUCUAGCCGUUCUGUCUCCAGCAUCGUCCGCCAGUGGAACAACAAGAUGAAUGGCUAUCUGGGAGAGAGCGAGGGAUCUGGAGGUGGAUUGUCCCGGCUGGCCAAUGGCAGGAAGAAGUUACAGAGGAAGGGUGUGAGCAGCAGCUUCUCAAAGACGGCGCGGCAAAAAUGGCAGGCUCUGGAGAGGAGGGUCAUGGAUAUAGUGAUGCAGAGGAUGACCAUUGCCAACAUGGAAGCUGACAUGGACCGCCUCAUAAAGAAACGAGAGGAGUUGUCCAUGCAGCAGGAGGCGCUGUUGCGUAAGCGAGAGAAGCUCCUGAGUGAGGGGCCUAGAGAGGAGGAGGAUGAACGAGUUGUUCAGGAGAUGAAUGAAGAAAUCGAGGUGCUCAAUGCCAACAUCGACUACAUCAAUGACAGUCUGUCUGACUGCCAGGCCACAAUUGUACAGAUUGAAGAGACCAAGGACGAGUUGGACUCAGUGGACAUGUCGGUGGUCAUCAGUUCCUGCUCCCUGACAGAAGCCCGUCACCUUCUGGACCAUUUCCUGAAGGCCUCCAUAGAUAAAAAUUUACAGGUGGCUCAAAAAGAAGCCCAGAUCAGGCUGUUAGAGGGACAGCUGCGACAAACAGACAUGAUUGGCUCUUCCCAUAAUCACAUGAUCCUGGACGCCUUGCGGGAGAAGGCGGAGUGUAUCCCAGAGUUACAGGCUCUCAUUCACAAUGUCCAGCAGGAAAAUGGCUAUGCUAGCACGGACGAGGAGGUGUCCGAAUUUAGCCAGGCCUCAGAAACAAGUUACUCACAAAUGAAAUCAUCAGCCAGUCAGGAUGACUUCAAGAUCAAGUCUGAGCCUCGCAUCUCAGUUCAGAUGAAGGCAGUAUCAGCUGAGUACUUAGGCCCCAUCCUAGACUCCACCACCAAGAACAUCACCAAGUCUCUGGCCUCUCUGUCCGAGAUUCAGGAGAACGGCUUGGGCUUUGUUCUGCGUGAGACCUACUCCAGAGAAAGCCUGUCCCGCACGAUCAACCUGCCGGUCCGAGGACACACGUUUCCCAGGCAGUCCAGAGGCUCAGAUGCAUCUCCAUUCACCAGGCGACCUUCAUAUGAUAGAAGUCAGUCAUACAGACCUCCUGAGACAAUCUACACACCUCCCUCGUCCCCUCCUCUCCGUACCCGUAACGACCGCAAUGUUUUCUCCCGCCUCACAAGCAACCAGAGCCAGGGUUCUGCACUGGACAAGUCUGAUGACAGCGACUCCUCUCUCUCGGAGGUCCUCAGGGGUGUGAUCAGUCCCAUGGCAGGGCUGAAGGGGGGCAGAACGGCUCCUCUGCAGUGUGUGGCCGUGGCUGAGGGACACUCCAAGCCUGUGCUCUGCCUUGACGCUACCGACGAGCUGCUUUUUACUGGAUCCAAAGACCGCACGUGUAAGAUGUGGAACCUGGUGACUGGGCAGGAGAUCGUGACACUGAGGGGACACCCCAACAACGUGGUGUCUGUCAAAUACUGCAGCAGCUCCGGCCUGGUCUUUACUGUCUCCACGUCCUACAUCAAAGUGUGGGACAUCCGUGACUCUGCCAAGUGUGUGCGCACCUUCACGUCCUCAGGUCAGGUGGUGUCAGGAGAUGCCUGUGCUGGCACCACCACCCGCACAAUCACCACAACCCAGGGAGAAUACCAGAUCAAUCAGAUCGCCCUAAACCCAUCCGGCUCCGUGCUCUACGCAGCGGCAGGGAACACGGUCCGAACCUGGGACCUCAACAGAAUGCAGGCCUCGGGGAAGCUGACAGGACACAUCGGCUCAGUCAUGUGUCUAACAGUGGGCUACUCCGGUGGAGGCAAAGACCAGGUCAUCACCGGCUCUAAGGAUCACUAUGUGAAGGUGUUUGAUGUCGCGGAAGGCAUGCAGGGGAACAUCGGUCCCGCUCACAACUUUGAGCCGCCUCACUACGACGGCAUCGAGUGCCUGGCCGUGCACGGCGACGUGCUGUUUAGCGGCUCCCGUGACAACGGCAUUAAGAAGUGGGAUCUGGAGCAACAGGAACUGAUUCAGCAAAUCCCAAACGCCCAUAAGGACUGGGUGUGUGCGCUGGCCUAUGUGCCCGGGCGACCCAUGCUGCUGAGUGCCUGCAGGGCGGGCAUGCUGAAGGUCUGGAACGUGGACAACUUUACACCCAUCGGUGAAAUCAAGGGUCAUGACAGUCCAAUCAAUGCCAUCUGCACCAACUCCAAGCAGAUCUUUACCGCCUCCAGUGACAAGACUGUGAAGAUCUGGAACCUGAGGAUCGCAAAGAAGAGGUGACGGCUUGACGCGUUUUAUCGAUGGUCUACGUUCCUUUCGUUGGGCUGCUGACCGCAAGGUGACAAGGUGUGCUUGUCCUCAGAGGUCAGAGGUCAGAGGUCACAGUCUGGAGCUCCGGUGCCACAUGAAGGUCUCGUAAUGGAAGAACCUUCAUGAGACGAUGAAGGCAAUAGUGAAUCUAAGGUGCCACCAUGUUGGUAUUUUCGACUGCACACCAAAUAAUGAGAUGAGCGUGGGUCUACUCCGUGCACAUCCAUUUACAGAAAGUGUCCUUCUGUGCCAAUUCGUUUUUUUUGAAGAAAAAAAGUGUCACUUUAGAUAGUAGCUGCUGUCCACUUUUGUUUAUUUAUUAUUUCAAGGAUAAAAACAGGCCAAUAUGGAGGCCUUGGGAAAUCACUUCUGAGCCAAAUGGUGGGGAAAAGCACAUUUCAGUUUUACCCCCUGGAGACCCAUAUGUUUCUCUUUUUUGAUUGACUGAAUAUCAGACUUUAUCAUAGCAAGCGUUCUACUGGAAGCAAGAAGGAGAUUGAUUCUUCUGUUACCAUCUGGCGGAGGUUCUCUGGAGAGUCUGGAUACGGACGGAGCUUGUUCCAAGACGUGACUGUGUAAUAGUGCUGGCACACUCACCACACACCGUCGCCUUCCUCUGAGGUGUCUACUUAAGACUUUUUACAAAAUCUAAUACGUACUCGGUGUCUUCUCAAUCCCUCAUCAUCUUGAACACGCUCAAGAAAACUUUGUACAGCUUCCUCUCCUUUUCGAACAAGUGUUUCCUCCUGUGCUGUGACGUUUCCAUGUUCUACCUCAGGUUUAAAUGUGUUUUUGGGUCCCAAGCCCUGUCAGUUGUUUGCGUUUCGGGCGCUACGUCUAUUUCCUCAUCUUCUUAUUACUGGCCUGUGAAUAUAGUGCUCUCUGAGCUCCGCAAGCCCCUUAUCCACACUCUGCUGAGCGGACACUUUUGGAGACUGGCUUCAAUAAGCUCGGGCCAGCAGCGGCCCAGAGUGUGCAAUAAAACCGACAGUUUGCUCUAAUGAAGGCUCUAGUGCUUAAGCAGGCAGAAUGAGGCUUUCCUUUAGUGAGUUUAGAAGGACCUACUCUCCUGCUGAGAGUCGGUGCGUAAUCAGUUCAGUUUGGUCUGAACCAACUGAGUGAGUUUGGACUGUUUUUAAUGCUGGAAACGGUGGCUAGGCUAACCACGGUGCAUCAGUGGUUAACAGAGCGUAAUCUAACAGAAGUCAUUAUUGUCAAUCACCAUAUUUGUGAAAAUAUUACGCAGCUUUGUAGUUCAUGGAUCUAAAGCUCUAUAACACGGUGAGCAUUUUGUUUAGCUCAUUGGUAAGGAAGUGCAGUAUUAGGGGAUUACAUGUAAUAGUUAAUAGGUUAGGAAUUAGCAAUGUUAGAUUUUUGCACAUGGGCCGGUUAGUUCACAGAGCAAGUGAAAUUGAUCUCAUUGCAUCUUAAUGCAAAGUCUCACUGGGAAUUUUUCUUAAAUAAAUCAAAAAUAAAAGAAACAUUUUUCACAGGGGUCUUUGAUGAAUAGCCUGGGGGUCCAGGUGGAAAUCAUGCCCCAAUAUCAUCACCGUUAUUAUUGAGCUCUUAUAGACAGAAUAUUAUUAUACACAUUUACACAAUGAGUCUAAUAUUUGAACACUUGGAUGAUGUUGAUAAAAUAAGUCGUACUGAAUGGAAUUUAUUUUACAUGUAAAUCCCACAGACCUAUUUUUUUUUUUCCCCAGAACCCAUGAAAUAUAACACAUAAACCAAACACUGGCAGAACAUCAAAUAGUUCUGAAAGCCCUUUGGGCCAGACACAAGUUGUGACUACAUCUGGAAUUAUCUCCUAGGAUCCAUCCCAAUUUCCUUUUUCCACUGCAUCUCUUUAAAAUAUGCAGAGAGCAGUGUUGAGAAGUAGGUCGGCUUCAGAGCUGUGUUUUUUUUCUGCUCACCUUUUGAAAAACAAAAAAACAAAAAAAGAAACGAAACGGGAAACUGGCCCGUCGGUGCCAGAGGAGCCGACACGCCUGAUGGGGGUAUGUGGGCGAUGGCAGGUUUCAUCUUGGCACAACACUGGUAUGCACGGAGUAUUUUUAGAGCAUCAAUCAUCAUCUUCCAGGGCUGCACUCUUCUCCCAGCCCCCAGAUUUACUGUCUUUUUUAAUGAAACAUAUUUAUCACCCUAAUCUUUUUUUCUGGGCGGCCCCUGGCGCAUCUAUAUCUGUUGUAGCAGCUGUCGGAGGGUGCUCGGCUGUCAGACCCGAGCUCUGAUUUCCAGCUGUGAGGGAUGGGUGUGCUGUGCUAAAAGCCCCGCAGCACAGAUGAUGGCACAUCGAGCUGUGUUUAAGGAGCCGGUGUCCCAUUAAAACUGUGGACCCCCCCCCCCCCAGUUUCUUUGUAUAUUUAAUAUGAUAAUGUUCAAGCAAGGAAUGGAGGAUUUUGUCUUAAUGAUGCCAUCAUGCUAUGAUGUGAAUACCAUUGUCUUAUAAAAAUGUGAUGCUGCUGUUCAAGUUUAGCAAGAGAUUAUAGUAGAUGUUCAUACCACAGCAUUGUUGAAUUCUCGAUUCUGAUUGGUUGAUUCAUUAUCUAGAACAGAAGCUGUGAAGGUAGUUCCAGCUGAAAGGUUUAUGUUAAUGUGCUCAAAAGGAAGGAGUCUCCAGUGUCGGUGCUUUGUAACAAUCAGAGAUAAAGCUUACACAAAGUCUUCAAGGAUGGAGGACUUUGCAAUUAGAGAAGCUGCAUUUUUUUUUUGUUUUGUUUCGUGAACUUCGAGAGAGAGAAAGAGACUAGCGAUGGAUACCUGUUAAAACACACAUGAGAACGGGAACUAAUGUGGGAGUUACACAACGUUAAACAUAAUAAAUAAACAGUACGUGUCAUUAUUUAAGGAAUAAAAUAAUGGUUGUAAGUGUUCUAAGAGGAGUAAAACAUUUCAGGACAUGCCGUUAUCGGAAAAUAAUCAACUGUUGAUUCUUUUUCCUAUUACUGCACACCACCAAGUGUUUUAUUCCUCACAUAAUAACGCAUCACCAGCCAGUAGAAAUGUCUGAAGUUUAUCCAAUUCAUUCUAGACACAGAAAGAAGGAGGAUCUGAAUGGUCUUCUGAACAGUGUACAAUGCAAAAAGUUUUGGCACACUCUCCCAACCAUCAUCAUCUUUUGAGCUAGAAAUUCUCCAAAGUUUGUGGAAAUUGGAAUCACUUUUUACCCCGCCCACAUCACAAACACGCCCAACAAAACUAUUUACUUUGUCUACCUAUCUCUUAUCGUUUUUUUUGGUCCAAAUAAAUGUGAUCUUUAUAUAAUACUCAUGGAACCCUGUGAAAACGUGUAGUAUUUGUAGUAAAAAGAGUGAUUUGGAGCACUGCGACAGAUCACUAAAGUUCUUGCCAAAGCCUUUGAACUGUGAUCAUUUCGGUACAUAUUAUGUGCUUGUUUUUGUUCAUCCAGCAUCUCCCCUUUCUUUAAUGCUGUUGUUAAACUAAUGAGUCAUCUACAGUAAAUAACCCCCCACCCCCCUACCCACCCUCCCUUGAAAACGAAUCCUUUUUCAAAGAAUGCCCCCUCAUUAGUGAGCUGAAGAGACUGGAUGUCUGGCUUUAUUCAUUUCAUUUUAGAAAUGAAGGCAUUUCAUAGUUUUUUUUUUCUUUUGAAACUGCUUUAUCCUUUUCAUAUCGUUUCGUUGUUGAACGUUGACUGGAAUGUGAAGGAAGCUUUAUUUGGCUAGUGCUCAACGACUGUGAAAUAGAGGGAUAUAACCUCUUAGCGCGCGUUGAAUGAAAUGUGGAUUUAAUGGCCUCCACUUCACGCCAUGAAUAUGACCGCAAUACAGGAAACUGAUCGGCCAGUGUGUGAUGAAAACCGGCUCCUGAAUUUGCAACUGCUCUCGUAGUCGUGCAGCUUUUUUUUUUUUUUUUUUUGGUGCUCAACACAAACACAACCAUCACAGUACGGUGUAACUAAAUCUUUGUUUUCUUUUUUCCUCUGGAGUUCAUAUGUUUUUGCAUGGCCUGAACGUGAGGCAGAAAUGAACUGUACAUAGUGAACACUGCACUGUUUUCUGCAUUUGGGAGGAUGUCAAUGCAUGACUAUAGGCAUCUACAAUCAUCUGUGCACUAACCUGGGCUUUGCGCUGCUGCUGCUGCUUUCUUAUUUAACAAAAUAAGAAAGUGGGGUGGAAGUAGCCCCUCUUUGCCUUACGCUCCAACUCUCUGUCUCUUAAGCCUUCACCACCUUAGACUGAUCCUCAGCAUUGCCUCUUAAAAGCUCAGCGAUGGUUCAACCUUUGGACGUGUCUGUAAAUCCUUAGCAAUAGAUUUUGAACAUGUAUAUGAUAUUAUUUUGUGCACAAGGCUCUUACAACUUGUUCUUAUUUUGUAUAGGAAAUGGAAACCAUUUGAUACCUUUUGGUGAGUACUGGGAAAAGAAUAUUGGGUGAUGUCGUUUAAAAAGAAAAUCACUAAAUAUCACUAAAAGCAAUUAGCGUUUGUCACAGAAAAGGUGAGCAAAAAUCAGACCUUGUACCGGCUCUAGCUGAUGGAUAUCAGAGACGGCAGGCGAAGGCAUGUGCAGAGAGCAGGUACAUCACGCAGCGGCAAAACAACAGGGUCAAAGGUGCCUUUUUAUUGCACAGACUCCUCCCGAGGACUGAAACUGUUUCUACAGUGGUGUUUGUCUGUUUUCUUACAUGUGCAUAUGGGUGUAAAAAUACUUGACUGUAAAUAUUGUAUUCAUUUUUUUUUUAUUUAAUGAUUGAUCAAGCAUUGCUGCAAAAAAGAAUAAAAAAAAGGCUCAACAUGGUGUCUGGAACGAGUGAUUUCUUAUAUUUAAUGCCGAGUGGUUUUAUAAGAGGAAUUAUCGAGAACUUCUUGCUUGAGUUGUUCCAUAUACUCUUUCUCUGAUAUGAUGAAUCCACUGGUUUGGUUUUUUUUUGUACUGUAUAAACCCCAGCAGGUGCCUAAAUGUCACAUCCAAUCACAGCCUGAAAAUGUUUUCCGGUUGUUCGUAUCAAGCUCAAUAUUUGCAUACUUGAUUGGAGUGAUGGCAAAUCUUCACUUUCUAAUUACUCUUCAUUGACUUCCCCAACCUUU